AUGAAGACUCGGCGCUCCUCGCGGCGGCCCGGUCCGGCCGAGCCGGCGGGCAUCGGGUCGCUCCCCGACGAGUGCCUCGUCGAGGUCUUCCGCUCGCUCGACGUCGAGGACACGCUCAGCAACGCGGGGGUGAGCAGCCGGUGGCGGCGCGUCGCGCAGGACCCGGCGCUCUGGCAGCGCACGCGCUUCUCCUCGAUCGACACGGACCGGCUGCUGAGCCACGAGGGCCACGAGGGCCACUUCCGGCUGCUCAGCCAGCCGCGCGUCGACCACACCGGCUCGUGGGCAAAGUGCGAGCGCAAGCUCGGCCGCGUCCGGCUCCUCUGCCGCUCCGUCGACCUCGACUACGUCGAGGCGGGCGAGGGCGUCUCGUACCGGCUGCUGCGCUCCAUCAGCUGCCUGCAGCAGCUGCACCACCCGACCGUGGUGCCGCUGCUCCUCGUCAACGUCGACGUGCCCCGCAACCAGCUGCAGCUUUUUUACGGCGAUGUGGGCACGCCGCUCGAGGUGCUGCUCAAGGCGGGGCGGGUGGCGAUGGAGGACGCGCGCUGCGUGCUGCGGCAGGUGCUGCAGGCGCUCGCGCACUGCCACGCGCAGGGCAUCACCCACCGCAACCCCUAG